CAAGCCAGAUCGUACAAAUGCGUUAGAGAUUAAAACGUUUCAUUUUCCAGUCGCAAAGCGAGGAUUAACUCGUUACUUCUCUAACACGGUGCAUUUAUCUUCAUUCCCUGUGGCACAAAAAGUUAAUUCCAGCAUCAACAAGUUAAUCGAGUGGCACUUUGCACGCGUCAAAAGGUCGUCCUCUUUUAUCCUACGCAACAAACGUUCCUGACACGUUCUGCGUAGAGAACACGCCGGCAUCACCAUAGCAACAAAACGCUUAUCCAAUGUUUCGAACAGAAGAAAGUGGUAGCACGAGGAAAUUCGUUGAAGAAUAUUGCCUUAGUUGCCACGUGGCAAAGUAACGAGGAUAUUCAUUUGGUGAACGACGCACUCUUUUUCCGCAAUCACCAUGCCGCUUGAUUUAUCCAUGAAUGGAACCAUGAACCAGAUAAAUAGUAAAUUACGAGAUAUGGAGAAUAAUCAGACGGAAGAAAAUCGUCGAAGUAUUUUAUAUCUUAUUGCGGAUCAUCUGAAGCAACGUGGAUUAAGAGACGCUUAUAACGCGCUGUUCUCGGAGGCUCAGUUGUCAUCAAAUAUCAGAAUCUGCGAUAAUGUCGACCUGGAAAUGAUUCUCAUGGAAUAUAACAGUUAUUAUUAUUUAAGAUUUAACAAACAUCCCGUAAUAUGGAAGAUAGCUGCAUCAGAGCCUGGCACGAACCCAGUGCAAAAUAAAAAGACUAACAAAACGGUUAACAAACUGAAUAAAAAUGACACGUCCAAGGAAAAAGCUAUGCAACAAACUAAUUCCAAUUCGACGGACGACAUUAGUUCGGGAUUAACAGUAACACCACUUUUUACUACUGAAAAUAUGAAUGAAAAUGGGAAUUCGACAAAAGAUCCACCAAACAAUCGACGUACGAAAUCAGAUAUAUUAAGAUGCAUUGAAGAACUUUAUCCAGUUGACUCUGAACUUCGAAAAAUAGCUGAGGACAUUUCAACGGAAAUCGUGUUGAACAAUUUAAACGUUCAUUGGAAUGAUGUGAUAGGACUUGAUGAAUGUAAAUUGGCUAUAAAACAGGCUGUUGUCUACCCGAUGAAAUAUCCUAUUUUCUUUAGUGAUAAAUUCUCUGCCUGGAAAGGCAUUUUACUGUAUGGACCAUCUGGUACAGGUAAAACAAUGUUGGCAAAAGCCGCUGCAACGGAAUGUAACUGCACGUUCAUUAAUGUAACCGCCGCCUCAUUGGUCAGUAAAUGGAGAGGUGAUUCCGAAAAGUAUAUUCGCGUUCUAUUUGAUCUCGCUUACAAACAAUCUCCAGCAAUUAUUUUCAUCGAUGAAAUCGAUUGGAUAUCUAUAAGUCACAAAGACAAUUCGUUGUCGGAACCCGCGAAACGAUUUAGAGCAGAACUUCUCACUAGAUUAGAUGGACUAUUGUCACCAGGUGGUUCAAAUGUCCUGCUUUUGGCUGCUACUAAUGUUCCUUGGAACAUUGAUACAGCUUUACUCAGACGUUUGGAAAAACAAAUCUAUGUAACGUUACCUGAUGAAACUUCCCGCCUUAAUCUGUUCGCAUUAUAUGUAUCACCUGACAUAUUAUCCGAUAAAGAAUAUGAAAAUUACCUCAUAGACGCCACCGCAAACUGUUCUGCCGCAGAAAUAAAAUUACUUUGUAAAGAAGCAUGGAUCAAACAGUCAAUUUCAACGUGGGAUCGUCUUGAUGCAAAUGAAAUAAGCGUAACACACUUGAAAUUUGAAAUAACAGACCGGAAGAGUUUAGAGGAUGCGAUAAAAACCAUGCGGAAAACGAAGAAAGAUAUUUCUCUUUACACUAAGUGGAUAAGUAGUUAAAGUAUCUAUAUUUGAAUUGGUCAGUGUAAUUUUUCGGUAUGUUAAAAACAUUAGCGCAUAUACUAUAUUUUAUAGUAAAACUAUUACAAAAUGUUAAUUGGAAAAACCGAAAUAAAUAUAUAAUGAUUAU